AUUACGACUUUUUUCUCGUAAUAUUACGACUUUAUUCUCGUAAUAUUAUGACUUUAUUCUUGUAAUAUUAUGACUUUAUUCUUGUAAUAUUAUGACUUUAUUCUCGAAAUCUCAGAUCUAUUUUUUUUCCCUCGAUGUGGCCCCAAUACUCUGUCGUAUCAUAGACCUACAACCAUGAUACAUACAAAUUAAAAUGUAAACAAAACACAGUUAUUCAUUUCCAUUUUUAAAAAUCCACAGGGAGCCACUGGAGAGGAGCUAAAGAGCCUCAUGUUGUGGUAACGUCCGUGGCUUAGCUUGACAGUAGAACGGCCCUCACCCGCAGACAACGCUACUGUUACCCCGUUAACCAAGGAAUCUCCAAUCAGGCUGAACUGAUCAAGCGUGAAAAACCAUUUGAAAGGACAGCUGAGGGGGACAGAAGAAAACAAGAAGCUCACAGCCAAAGAGCUCCUCUGUCCCUCCUCUCACACUGACCGGGCUUUAAACCAGAACUAUCCCCCUGAAAAAACUGAGAUUACCAGAGGAAUUUAUUGCACAAGUUUAAAGGACACUCGUAAAGCCAAAGGAGAGGUGUGACAGAGAGGAAGAGGAGCAACAGGUUUCAUUCGGCAGCACCUUUAAGGUGUCCUCAUCACAGUAGAAUUGGAGGUCAAGUUCCUACACGUUAAUAACAGAUCUGAAGACUCCAACGGCAGCUAUGACUCAGAGCAACGGGGAGAACCCGCAGAGGACCCGGAGCGGUCUCCAACAGAUCCGGGCCGGGAUCCAGUCCCGAUCACUGCUGGCCAAGAAGAGAGUGGAGAACAUCAGAAAGGAUGAUGUGAAAGGAUUCUUCCUCAGAAAUGCCUUUGUGAUCUUUACCGUUGCUGCUGUCAUUAUUGGCAUCAUCCUGGGAUUUUCCCUGCGGCCUUACAAGAUGUCUUACCGGCAGGUGAAGUUCUUCUCUUUCCCUGGAGAGCUGCUGAUGAGGAUGCUUCAGAUGCUGGUGCUGCCCCUGCUGGUUUCCAGCCUCAUCACAGGUAUGGCCGCUCUGGACGGUCGUGCUUCUGGUAAAAUGGGUAUGAGGGCCGUGAUCUACUACACCACCACCACCGUCAUCGCUGUGUUCAUCGGUAUCGUCAUGGUGCUCGUCAUUCACCCUGGAAAAGGAUCAAAGGAUGAGUUCACCAAUAAGCAGCAGAUAGAGCAGAUCAGCCCCGCUGAUGCCUUCCUGGACCUCAUCAGAAACAUGUUUCCUCCUAACCUUGUGGAGGCGUGCACCAAACAGUUCAAGACGCAGUAUGCCAAGCGAGUAGUCCAUGUGAAGAUGACAGUGAAUGACACUAUAUUCACAGUCAACGGUAGCCAGGAGAUAACCAGGGAGGAGAUGAUCCCAGUGCCGGGAUCGGUUAAUGGAGUCAACGCUCUCGGCCUGGUGAUGUUCUCCAUCUGCUUCGGCCUAAUCAUCAGCAGCAUGAAGGAACAGGGGCAGCCACUAAAGGACUUCUUCGACUGUCUCAAUGAAGCCAUCAUGAAGCUGGUCGCCAUAAUCAUGUGGUACGCCCCUAUCGGUAUCCUGUUCCUGAUUGCUGGUAAGAUCGUGGAGAUGGAUGACAUCACAUCCAUGGGUGGCCAGCUGGGGAUGUACACAGUGACAGUCAUUUGUGGCCUGUCCGUCCAUGCCUUCUUUGUCCUGCCGACGCUCUACUUCGUCAUCACCAGGAAGAACCCCUUUGUUUUCAUCGCUGGGCUGUUGCAGGCACUCAUCACUGCCCUGGGAACUUCCUCAAGUUCCGCCACGUUGCCCAUCACUUUUAAAUGCCUGGAGGAAAACAACAAGGUGGACAAGCGCGUGACCCGCUUCGUGCUACCUGUCGGCGCCACUAUAAACAUGGAUGGCACAGCUCUAUAUGAAGCCCUGGCUGCUAUCUUUAUCGCCCAGGUCAAUGAUUAUGACCUUAACUUUGGACAGAUUCUCACCAUCAGCAUCACAGCCACAGCAGCCAGUAUCGGAGCAGCUGGAAUCCCUCAGGCAGGACUGGUCACCAUGAUUAUAGUGCUAACGUCUGUAGGCCUGCCCACUGAUGACAUCUCACUCAUCAUUGCAGUUGAUUGGUUCCUGGACCGAUUGCGCACCGUCACCAACGUCCUUGGAGACUCCAUUGGUGCAGGUAUAGUGGAACACCUGUCUCGCCACGAGUUCCAGAAGAAGGACCCCGAGGUGGGCAACUCAGUGGUGGAGGAGGCGGACAAGAAGCCGUACCAGCUCAUCUGCCAGGAGAACGAGUUUGACAACGAGAGGCCUGCUGACAGCGAGACCAAGAUGUAGAUUUUUCUCCGAGGUUGCGUACAUUCUUAGGAAAACCAUUGCGCUGCAUUGAACCACGUUCUCAAACGAAGCUCUUCUUAAUGUGCAAACCUUCCUCUCACAAAUUAAAUUGAUCUACAGCUAGAAUAUAUUUCAGCCAAGAUGAGUUCCACUAAUGUGUGAGGUCUAGUGUGGGCUUUCCUGACACACUUGAAAUGGUUCACUGUUGCAUUGUUUUUCUAAGGGUUUGUGCUAUGAUGCUUUCCAAGAGUACUAUGUGUAUUUGCCAUAGGGUGGCAGCUGUUUACUAUUAAGAAUGAACUACUCUAGAGCCUGGUGGCCUGCAUGCCAUAUCAAAACUCCUCUCAGAACUGUGAUGACUAAUCUCCCCCACUAGAGGUCAGCGUUGCUUUGAGUCUUAACACCACAGCAGAUUACAGCCCAAACUUGCACAGACUUUUUCUGACUUUAAAGUUGUUGCUUUUGUUUUGUUUGAGCCGUGUUGUAUGUGAAAACUGUAAGUGAAAUCUCUCUUGAGAUUGAUGUGAAAAGUGUUGGAUAUCAUGCACAUACACUGGGGUGACAGGGCUGACUUCUUUGGGGGAAAAGGGCUGCUAAUUUACAAACUUCUGUACAGACACUAGUGGCUUUAUUUUCUAUAAUUUGGUGUACAGACUUCAACAGAGUGAGUGAAUGAUGUAAUUUACCCUAAGGCACACAUACCUUUGUCCCGUAAGCGUCCAAACCAGGAAGUCCUAAUUGAAGUUGUCAGAAUAUCUUGUCUUUCCAGCCUUUAUGUUACAAACCAAUCAUUACAAUCACUAAGACUAAUGAACCAAAAUCCCUCAGCCAUGUUUUUAUCAGUAAAUUUGCUGAGAAUUUGAAAUGUAAUCAAAUCAGAAUUUUUAAGCUAUUAUAUUUCAACCAAAAAAGCACCAAAAAUACUUUCCAAAAUUCUGUACAGUUUAAUUAAAUCAUACCCAAACAAAUCGCUAACACAAUAAUACAGUAAUGAUUUUAUUUCUGAUAAAUUCUCAUGGUGAUUGGGCCCUCUAACAUGGACAUGGAACUAAAACUGAUUUGAUUGAAACAUUCACAUGUCAGUAUGAAAUAUUAGUUUUUUUGUUAAAUUAGUAAAAUGAUAGUCAGUAGGUUGGAUAUAUAAUUUUUCAAUUGACUAUUCUUAAUUCAGCUUACUUUAGAUAAUACAAUCGAAUGUUUAUUUCAUUUGAUUUAAUAUGAAUGCCUGUCGUUUAUUUUAGCUAGCUUUAGCUAAUUCAGUAUACAGAACAAAUGUAACAUAGACGUUGCUUUGUAUAGAGGAUUCUUCUGAAUAUACUGUAUUUGUAUAGAGAAAUGUAGAUAAUUGUGUACAUUAAUUGUAGAUUUAAAUUGUAAAAGGUUACUUGAGGAUUGCGUAUGUAAAGAUGUUGUAACCAUGCUCUCUCUAUCAAACCUAAUGACCAAACUAACAAUCCCUCUAGUUCCUUGUGCAAAUGCACAACUGGCUGAUUUGAAGGACCAAAUGUUUUCCUUUAAACACUUGAGGAAAUGGAAUAGUUCCUUUGUUUACAGUUGCUGGUGUUUCUCUUGAAAUGACUGUUUCUCUCAUGAAUUCACAUGUGACUGAACAAUAGCUGUAGUUUUAUCUUGCAUGAAUUUUUUAUGAAUAAAAAAGAUGAAAUCA